GUCCCUCCCCAAAACCAAAUGCAAACAAAAUCGUCUCUGCAUUCACCCCCUGCGGGCUGAGGACACUCUACACUCACUCACUGAGUCACUCAUGAAGACGCUCGCCACUUCUUGCUCCAAAACCUUCGUCGACAAGUAUGGUGGCGGUGGAGGGUUUCAUGAUGUUUCCUUCAGUAGACCUGAAGUUUGCUUCUUGCCGACGAAAAUGGUCGCCAAUCCCCGAUUCCUGCAGCUGGUCUCUGUGCAGCGCAAGGCGAUUCAGCCAGUUCGUCCGUCUGCUUCUCUUGUUCCGGACUCGGAGGACCAGGUCCAGGUGAGCAUGGAGACAGCAGGAACUCAAUCUCAAGAAGAUCUUUCCAAGAAAGUUCAUGUCAAAUUCCAGUUACAGAAAGAGUGCUCAUUUGGGGAGCAUUUCCUCCUAGUAGGGGAUGAUCCCAUGAUUGGCCUAUGGGACCCUGAGAGUGCUAUACCAAUGAAUUGGUCAGAAGAGCAUGUCUGGACUGUUGAGCUGGAUAUACCGGUUGGAAAAUCAAUUAAUUUCAAAUUCAUUCUGAAAAGCAGCAUGGGAGAGAUUAUGUGGCAACCUGGCCGAGAUAGGAAUUUGACAACCUGGCAAUCUGAAAGUACUAUCAUUGUCUGUGAAGACUGGGAAAAUGCUCAAUAUCAGAAAAUAAUGGAGGAAAAACCAUUGACUAACCAAGAUGAGGAGCAUACCCUUCAUUUUGGGAUAGCAACAGUCACAGAGAACUUGACAACUCUGAGGAAAGCUAUCAUGUCUCACAAAGACCGUGGAUUAGAAGUUGUUGGUGAUAAUACCUAUACAGCAAAGGAGUCACUACAACCAGCAUACAAGGAAGUAGCUAGGGGUAAUGGUGUCCCUUCGCUAGAGAGGCAUAUAACAACUACAACUGUUGCAAACAAUAUCGGUUACCCUGAAGAAGAUUUCAUGGCCAAUGGGAACAUUAAAGUGCUCAGUGACAAGGAUGAACACAACACUGUCAUAGUGGCUGAGGAAAUUGUAGGAGAUAAUGGCUUAGCUGUAACAUUCAAGAACCCCACACCAGCAGAUAUGGAGGGAAAUCUGAUUACCCAUGAGGGAGAUGCUGUUCUGGUACCUGGAUUGACUUUAACUCCAUCAACAUUGUCAUCUGAAGAAGAAAUUCAAAAUGAAGUUGGGAAGAAUAUUAUGACAGAUGCUUCGGUCAGCAUUGAUGGAGCUAAAAUUUGCAGUUUGCCAGAGUUUGAUGUGAAGCAAGAACUUGAUGUUGUUGCACACCAAGCAGUUACAAAUGAGACGUCCAUGGACGAGGAGCAGAUUAACAACAAAAUUACUCAUGAACCUCUUGAGGGAAGAGAAGAACAGCCUGACUCAGAGCCUCUACAAAGUAAUGUCUUGGAAAAUGACAUCAAUUGGGGUCGCAAAAUGCUAGGGAAGCUUCUAAAACAAUGGCGAUUUCAUUAGCUAGUGAAAAAUGGUAAGGGAUAUAGUUACAUUCAUUCAAGAGCUACAACAAAGCCUAUGCGUUGCCCUUAGGUUCUUAUGGUUUGGCUGGCAAAAGAGAAAAUGAGAAUUAAAGAUUUCUUGUGCUGUUCUGUGUACAUACACAUUCCAUUGCUUUAUGUCUCUAUAAUGGGAGCAUUACUGAAUUUUGUAUGUAACUGCUCUAGCAUGUAAUAAUGGGUUCAUACUGAAAGGGUUCUUCUCCUCAUUUUCUGACAGACAUAAUCGGAACUUUUCUGAUAUUGUGUAUGUAUAUUUUGGUUGACGCUUGGAAGGUUCUUAUCAGCAAUCCUGUCGCUGACUUAUUCAGAUAUGUUGGCAUUCACAAAAUAUAGGUACCAUCAUAAU